UUCGCCAAGCCUCGCGAUGGCAGGCCCGCAGCCCUCGCGAGGUCAGGCGGCGGAGCAGGAAGAGCGGGCGUCUGCUGCGCUCGCCCAGGCGGACCCCGCGGCGCUUGACUGUCCUGCAGUCUAGAGGCAUUAUGUACUCAGAGUGGAGGUCCCUCCAUCUUGUCAUCCAAAAUGAUAAGGGCCACACCAGUGUACUUCACAGCUACCCAGAGAGCGUGGGCAGGGAGGUGGCCAACGCUGUGGUUCGUCCCCUCGGCCAAGUCCUGAUCACCGGAGGAGAAAGUUCAUUGAAAACUGACAAAGAAGUGAAAUGGACCAUGGAGGUGGUUUGUUAUGGACUGACCCUUCCUUUAGAUGGAGAGACUGUAAAGCACUGUGUUGAUGUAUAUACAGACUGGAUUAUGGCUCUCGUUUUACCCAAGGACUCCAUUCCUCUACCUGUUAUAAACGAACCAAAUCUUUAUGUUCAGAGCAUUCUCAAACAUCUACAAAAUCUUUUUGUACCAAGGCAGGAUCAAAGCUCCAAUCAAAUUAAAUUGUGUUUGCAAGUUUUGAAAGCUGUACAGAAAUUGGCUCGUGAAUCAACCACUAUGGCUAGAGAAACAUGGGAGGUGCUAUUAUUGUUUCUGCUGCAAAUUAAUGAUAUUCUGCUGGCAGCUCCAACAGUACCAGGUGGUAUUGCUGAGAAUCUGGCUGAGAAGUUGAUUGGUGUGCUCUUUGAAGUUUGGUUACUGGCCUGUUCCCGUUGCUUCCCCACACCACCCUACUGGAAAACUGCCAAAGAGAUGGUAGCAAACUGGAGGCAUCAUUCUGCAGUAGUAGAGCAGUGGAGCAAAGUCAUCUGUGCCCUUACUGCUAGAUUGUUACGUUUUACAUAUGGACCAUCAUUUCCACCUUUUAAAAUACCUGAUGAAGAUGCAAGCCUGAUACCUCCUGAAAUGGAUAACGAAUGUGUUGCCCAAACCUGGUUUCGCUUUUUACAUAUGUUGAGCAAUCCUGUGGAUUUGAGCAAUCCAGCAAUUAUAAGUUCUACCCCCAAAUUUCAGGAACAGUUUCUAAAUGUGAGUGGAAUGGCUCAGGAAUUGAAUCAGUAUCCCUGCCUUAAACAUCUGCCUCAAAUAUUCUUUCGUGCUAUGCGUGGGAUCAGCUGCUUAGUGGAUGCAUUCUUAGGUAUUUCAAGGCCUCGAGCAGAUAGUGCUCCACCCACACCAGUAAAUAGACUGAGCAUGCCACAAACUACUGCUGUCAACACAACACCACCUCACAACCGAAGGCAUCGUGCUGUAACUGUGAAUAAGGGAACAAUGAAAAACAGCACAGCUAGCACUGGCCAUGCUUCCAAAGUGCAACACCAGCCAUCCUCCUCUUCUCCAUUAUCCAGCCCAAAUCAGACCUGUUCUGAGCCUCGACCUCUCCCUGCUCCACACAGGCCAAAGGUUAACAGCAUAUUGAACCUCUUUGGAUCAUGGCUAUUUGAUGCAGCAUUUGUUCAUUGUAAGCUUCAUAAUGGACUGAACAGAGACAGCAGUAUGACUGCAUCUUUUAUCCAAAUUCUUCUUUCUUAUAAAUCUUCUAUAGCAACACAAGCUAGUGUGGAGUUUCGCCGGAAAGGAUCGCAAAUGUCCGCUGACACUAUGGCCUCCAAUCCCAUGUUUGAUGCAGGCGAAUUUUCAGACAACUAUGAAGCAGGCAGAGCAGAAGCCUGUGGAACCCUUUGUAGGAUAUUUUGUAGCAAGAAGACUGGAGAAGAUAUAUUGCCAGCCUAUUUAUCCCGAUUUUAUAUGCUUUUAAUUCAGGGUUUGCAGAUAGCAGAUUCCAUUUGCCACCCAGUUCUCGCUAGUAUUAUUCUGAACUCCCCUGCGUUGUUCUGCUGUGACUUGAAAGGGAUUGAUGUCUUAGUUCCUUAUUUCAUUUCAGCACUUGAAACUAUUUUGCCUGACAGGGAACUCUCAAAAUUUAAAACAUAUGUAAAUCCCACAGAACUAAGAAGGGCCUCCAUCAAUAUUUUACUCUCCUUGUUGCCUCUUCCUCAUCAUUUUGGAAUAGUAAAAUCAGAGGUUGUUCUGGAAGGAAAAUUCAGCAAUGAUGACAGUUCAUCAUAUGAUAAGCCAGUAACUUUCCUGUCCUUGAAGCUGAGGCUUGUGAAUAUACUAAUAGGAGCGCUGCAAACAGAAACAGAUCCCAACAACACACAGAUGAUACUAGGUGCAAUGUUGAACAUUGUUCAAGACUCGGCACUUCUAGAAGUCACUGGUUGCCAGAUGGAGACAAAUGGAGGUGAGAAUGUGGUCUCAAAAAGCCACAGCCGCACCAACAGUGGCAUUAGUACAGCAAGUGGAGGCAGCACUGAGCCCACUACGCCUGACAGUGAGAGACCAGCACAGGCUCUCCUACGGGAUUAUGCUCUUCAUACAGAUACAGCAGCUGGGCUCCUGAUCCGCAGCAUUCAUUUGGUAACACAAAGAGUCAACACUCAGUGGAAACAGGAAAUGAGCAUAUCACUGGCUGCAUUAGAGCUUCUGUCUGGUUUGGCAAAGGUGAAGGUUGGUGUUGAUUCUUCUGACAGAAAGAGAGCAAUUAGUUCUGUGUGCUCUUACAUUGUGUACCAGUGUAGUCGCCCAGCCCCUCUCCAUUCCAGAGAUCUUCACUCCAUGAUAGUGGCAGCAUUUCAGUGCCUCUGUGUCUGGCUUACUGAACAUCCAGACAUGCUUGAUGAAAAGGACUGUUUAAAAGAAGUGUUGGAGAUUGUGGAAUUGGGCAUCUCAGGAAGUAAAUCCAGAAAUAGUGAACAAGAGAUCAAGUACAAAGGAGACAAGGAGCCAAAUCCUGCUUCUAUGAGGGUAAAGGAUGCAGCUGAAGCUACCCUCACGUGCAUCAUGCAAAUACUUGGAGCUUUUCCUUCGCCCAGUGGUCCUGCCUCCCCUUGUAGUUUAGUGAAUGAGAUCACCUUAAUCAAAUAUUCCCGUCUGCCUUCUAUAAACAAAUUCAGCUUUCGCUACUUUGUCCUGGACAACAGUGUCAUCCUUGCAAUGUUGGAGCAGCCUCUCGGGAAUGAGCAAAAUGAUUUCUUCCCUUCAGUCACAAUUCUGAUUCGUGGGAUGUCUGGAAGGCAUGCAUGGGCCCAGCAGCUCUGCCUUUUGCCAAGAGGAGCCAAAGCAAACCAAAAGACAUUCGUUCCAGAGCCUCGUCCUGCACCUAAGAAUGAUGUUGGUCUGAAAUAUAGUGUGAAACACCGUCCAUUUCCAGAGGAAGUAGACAAGAUUCCUUUUGUGAAAGCAGACUUGAGCAUCCCAGACUUGCACGAAAUCAUUACUGAGGAGCUGGAGGCGAAGCAUGAGAAACUGAGAAAUGGUAUGGAUCAGCAAGUUCUUUAUGAGAAGUCUAUAGAUCAGCAGAUGGAAGAAGACUGGAGAAAGAAGAACUUCCCUGAUCCUGUCACGGAAUGUAAGCCGCCGUCUCCUGCGCAGGAGUUCCAGACGGCCCGCCUCUUCCUCUCCCACUUCGGAUUUCUGUCACUAGAAGCACUGAAGGAACCUGCUAACAGCAGACUACCUCCUCACCUGAUUGCACUUGAUUCUUCUUUGCCUGGUUUUUUUGAUGACAUUGGUUACUUGGAUUUGUUGCCAUGUCGUCCUUUCGAUACAGUUUUCAUUUUCUAUAUGAAGGCAGGCCAAAAAACAAGCCAAGAAAUUUUGAAGAAUGUAGAGUCUUCCAGAAAUGUUCAGCCGCACUUCCUAGAGUUCUUGCUCUCACUUGGAUGGUCAGUUGAUGUGGGAAAGCACCCUGGUUGGACAGGGCAUGUUUCAACUAGCUGGUCCAUUAACAGCUUCUGCGAUGAUGAGGGAUCUGAGCAAGAUGAAAUCAUCUCUUCAGAAGAUGUUGGAGCCAGUCUCUUUAAUGGGCAGAAGAAAGCACUCUAUUAUGCAGAUGCUCUUACAGAGAUAGCUUUUGUAGUCCCUUCCCCUGUGGAGUCCUUAACAGAUUCACUGGAAAGCAAUGCCUCAGACCAGGAAAGUGACACCAGUAUGGAUCUCCUACCUGGAAUACUAAAGCAGCCAGCGCUGACACUUGAGCUCUUCCCCAAUCAUACAGACAAUCUUAGCUCUUCUCAGAGGCUCAGCCCAACUUCCAGAUCAAAGAAGUUGCCGCAGGGCCGAGCUGUUCCUCCUCUGGGACCUGAAACCAAGGUGUAUGUGGUUUGGGUUGAACGUUAUGAUGAUAUAGAGAACUUCCCUCUGUCUGACUUGGUUUCAGAGACAAGUACUGGAGUAGAAACCACAACAAAUAGCAGCACUUCAUUAAGGUCCGCUACUCCUGAAAAAGAAGUUGCAGUGAUUUUCAUCCAUCCUCUAAACACAGGAUUAUUCAGGGUAAAAGUGCAAGGAGCUACUGGGAAAUUCAGCAUGGUCAUCCCACUGGUGGAUGGGAUGAUUGUUAGUAGGAGAGCUUUAGGUUUCUUAGUGAGACAAACAGUAAUAAAUAUUUGUCGAAGAAAAAGGCUGGAAAGUGAUUCGUACAAUCCCCCUCAUGUCCGUCGAAAACAGAAAAUAGCUGACAUUGUCAAUAAAUACAGGAACAAACAGCUGGAGCCAGAGUUUUAUACUUCACUUUUCCAGGAGGUUGGACUUAACAACUGCAAUCCUUAGACCAUGUCGUCACUGAACAAUUAGAUCAGAACUUGGUAUCUACAGCAUUGAGAAUACCUUCCUUAUCUUGGAUCUCCUGUAUAAAGUUACCACAACCUGAGCAUGACUUCUGCUUCUGUUGCAAGGGAGCCAAGAAAACACACUAUAGUCUUCUGCCCUGCAAGCCCUUUGACUACAGCUUCACACCAUCACUGCUGCAGAAACAAGCUUUCGUCAGCAUUUAUUAUAUAGUAAUGAUCAGAGGAAUAUGUAGCAGAGAGAGAGGGUUAACUGCACGCCUUGAAGUUUUCAGUGUUUCCACGAGGUCCCUGAUUUUUGAGCAGAGAAGGUUAAGACCUCAAGGUCUGUUCUGGGUAUCUGUAGAAGAUUCAGGAGCAAAAUCUUUCACAUCUCGUGAAAACAAGAUACAUUGUGUGACUGUUUGUCUAUUUUUAUUUCAUACUUGUAAACAAGCCUGGUAUAAUUUUGUUUAGUGUUAAGACAGCGGUUUCCAUUUGGCUCUUUCUUCCCUCUGUCUGCAGACACAAAAUGUAUGUCCAAUAAGCCUGUUACUCAAAGUUGGGUUACCUUUGAAAAUGUUGCCACUCUCUACUUCUCCUGAUUUAUUGGCAGAGGAGGCAGCAGAGGAGUAGACUGCACCUUUGGACCAAAGUUACUCUUGGUUUGGGACUGGUGCAUGCCUGUCUAGCAGUGUCCCAUCUUAUGCACCCAUUUUAGAAAGAGGAGCAACAGCCCUUAUCAUAAAGUAGGGGUUGUGGAAAGAGCCCCAUCUUUGCAUGUAGUGAUAGCAAUUCACUAUGAAACCUGAACAAAAAGUAAUUGAGAUGGAAACACUCAUUGAAGAACCAAACAGAACUUCCCUUACUGGUCCCACAUUUCAUCCAUUCGCUGUAAGUAAAGUGGUGGACUUAUUUAAAAAGCUUAAGUCUUGGAAGAAUAUGGUUAGGUAAUGUCAGGCCAUGAGGUUUGUACUUGAAAUUAUCUGCUGAGUCUGUUCCCUCUCAGUGAAAUUGUUUUAUCCCUCUUUUUCUUUCAUUAGUUGACAAUAUAUCAGUCUGAAGUAGAUGUUAAAAAGAGUUGCCAUUUCUUGGUCAAAACAUCUGGAAACGUUGCAGUCCCCCUCUCCCUCCCCCAGCAGCGGGGGAGUCAUAUUUCUUCCUAUUUCCACGAUUUCUGUUUCAUUGGCUACUCUGUUCUGUAUUGCAGUAUACUAAGAGAGCAGAAUAGUAAUAAAUAUAGAGCUACAAGUUUUUGAUGGUGACAAUCACAUUAACAUCUAGUUCUGGUUUUUAAUAAAUUAUUAGAUGACUGAGUAUUUUCUUAGUGUUAUUUACACAUAGAGAAAAAUAUCAUUAUUUUAACAACAUUCAGCAAACACUGAUAAAAUCAAGCUGCGUGUUUUACGCGUGGAGAUCUGUGGAGAGGAUUCUAAAAGAGCUAUAUACAUAAUCUGCAUCUGGAACAAAGCUGAUAAAUGGGUGAGAAUAAUUAACGUUUAAUAUUGGACAGAACUGAUACAUAUGCAGAUAACUAGUUAGAGUUUCUGUUUUAAUUUUGUAAUCUCUUCUAAAGCAGCACAAACUGUCUUUCCUUAAAGGGCAAGUGGCCAGUAUUCUAAAGCAGGAAGAAUCCCUCUCCCAGUGAUAGUAAGGUUAUUUUGUUUCUUAUAUAUCUAAAAUUAAUAAAUACGGCAUUUUAAGUUUCUAUGCCCAAAUAGCCUUUAUAGCACCAGAGUGUGAAUGCCUGCUCUCUUGCUCUUAAUGACAACAUUUAAAAUCUUUUGCCUUUGCCUUCUGCUUAAUCCAGCCUUUCCUGUGUACACUAUAAAAAACUUGAAUGUGUGUGCUAGCUGUAUAACACACACAAAAUGCAAAGGUGUUGGCUCAGAGCAGUGGUUCUGAACCUGGGGUCCCCAGAUGUUUUAGCCUUCAACUCCCAGAAAUCCUAACAGCUGGUAAACUGGCUGGGAUUUCUGGGAGUUGUAGUCCAAAACACCUGGGGACCCACAGGUUGAGAACCACUGGCUUAGAGCAUUAUCUUUCUACAUUUCGAUACACAGAUAUUUGAAGGAAGGAAACAACCUAAUAGCCCUCAACAGAAAAUGCAAUAGUGAGUUGGUUUUUUGAACCAAGAUAGUAAGGAAAAAUAUUUUGAAACUAGUGAUCUGCCAAACUAGCUAAAGUUAAACAGGUGGGAAGGGAAUUUAUUAAAUUUACACUGGCUGUUUGAUCUGGUCUACAGACAUGGCCAAAUUUGUUAUUCAAGACUUGAAAUAAAUUGUCAUUUACCAUAUCCUUUCAAAUUUAAUUAUCUGGCCUUCAAGAAAAAAAUGCUGUUUGUCUAAUUGUGAUAGGACCUCAAAGAUUACUUGUGUAGAAGUCUUUUCCUCCAGGUGUUCCUUUCCAGGUCUGUUUCUCCAGGACUUGACCAGAUUUCAUACUUUGCUUGAAAUAGCCUUAAUUUAGUCUAUAUUUCAAUAAGUUCUCAAUUAGGCAUGAUGUUCUAAAUCCACGUUAUCCUAACUUCAAAUAUGUAUUUUCAUAUUUACAUAUCCACCACACAGGUGGAUUCAGAAUUGAAUCCUAAAUUUGUAUGUGUUUACUACUUUUGACUCUGCUCAAAAAAUGCGGAGGAGGUAAAUUGAGCAGUGAUCUCUCCAAACAGCACUGAGUAAUUAAUGAAAACGUGUAAGGGCUCGCUUUCACUGCGUUCUCCCAGAUGUUGUAUAUUAUGUGAUUUUUCUGUACAGAUGCUGGUUGUCUGUUUUAUACAUAUGUAAAAGAGAAAGCUUCCAAAUGCACUGAUAACUUCGUCUCACGUGUGCAGAGCUGUUGACCGACUUGACUGCAAUAAAAUGUUUUGUCUAGGCCUCUCUAAGCACAGUUGCAUUUGAAAAAUUGAUUCUUUCUAUGUUAAAUGAGACUCAUAAGACAUAAAGCAGUCCUUGGGCUGGUGUCUUCCAAAUGUGUUGCACUGUUAAGUCCCCACUUCUCAAGACCAAAUGGCCACUGGCAUUCAGUCUAGGAAUCAGGAAAGUUGUAGAGGACACCAGGCUGAAGAAGGCUGGCAUAGAGGAAGCAUCCGAGGGGAGGGGGCUGUAUACAUUUCCAGCUCUUGUUUUGAAUAGCAUGCUGCAGGAUAAUGAAAAGAAUCAAGUUUGUAGAACAUACUUGCUUCAUACCAUUUACGUUGAUAGUUCCUCUGAUUAUUUUGUCUGGCUAUUAUAAUUACUAUGUAUUGUUUGUUUUCAUUUUAGUCUCUUGAAGAGAGACAAUAGGGCUAUGAACACUUACCCAGUCUCUUUCUAUCAUCAAUAUUGUUAUGCUUGCAGUCCUCUUUAAAAGAGAGCAUUAUGCUGAUGAUAAAUCAAGGAAGUAAAAUGCCAUUUUUUCAGCACUAUGAUAUGACAAGUGUCCAUUUUAGUAUCUUUAUAAUAAAGAGUUUUCAUUUAAGAAAUAUAAAGCACCUUUCUUAAGCAAACCCUUCAAGGAUAAUAUAAACGUAAACCAAAAAAUUUCAAUUGAGAAAGGAAAUGAAGGCAAUCAUGUAAGGAAAAGUCGUCGUUUUGUAUGCAGAGAUGUAUAAAGCAAUUGAAGGAAACAAAGCUUACUUCCAGUCUUCAAUACGAGCCCUAUUUAUUUCAGGAGGAACGGAUAGGAAUGCCUUAAGGAUUGUGCUCCCCAUUAUUCAGUCACUUCCUGGCAGGGAGUUAUACAGCUGUCCUUCAGGGUCCAGAAUAUUUAGUCAAGGAGGAUUACAGGACUAAUUCAACAUCAAUAAAUGAACAAAAAUACAACUGGCUCAGUGAUGGUUGCACAUUUCAAAGAAAAUCUCUUUGAAGGACAACUGGAUUCUGCAGGUGUGCUUAGAAGGAGGUGGCUGUAUACCAUGUGCUUGAAAUCAUGUACAAUUGUGUAUAAAGUUCUGUAUGUUGCCAAGACAUGAUCUUUUUGUUCUUACUGUAUUUUCUGUAAAUAUUCCUAGCACUAAGUUGUAAAGGCAGACUGUAAAUACAGAGAUGUGAAGCUA